UUGUCAGUGUUGAAAAACGUGAAAACGCAGUUUUAAAGGUCCAGGAAAGUAUGUUAAGACAGAAUAGAGCGGGAUUGUUGCUUGUGCGGAAGCUCCACUGCUCUGUGGUUGUGAUGAAGCCAUUUGACAUCUCGCAAUUGGCUAGAGACAACUCAUCUGAAAAGAGAAAUCAAGGAUUCAAUAUCGAGAGUCUUAUCAAGAACCGAAUGGACUUGGAAACAGAUAAAGUAGUAUCUGAAAAUGCCACCGCCGCACCAAAUAGAUUUGCUACUAUGUUUGAUAAGGAAAAGAGACAAGCACAAAAGAAAACAGGACCCAGACGGAAUUCUGAAUCUACUCAUCACCACAAUGCUGGACCUUAUCCCAAGAAACCAUACGGAAAAACAAACUCUGGAAGCAAAACUCGCCCAGAGAUAAAAACUAGACCCCACAAGAGAGUAGUACGUUUUGAAUUCAAGACUGGUUCAGACCAAGCCCAGGCUGCGUUAAAAUCCAUCAUAGCCAAAGUUCAUGCCUUGAGCACAAACUACAAGAUUAAAUUCAUAGAUCCAGUUUCGGGAGAAGUGAAACUCCUGAAUUUGGUGGAUAUCGCAAAUAGCACUGAUCUCAGAGAGGCUGGUUUACAACUUUUACCUUGUAAAGAAGGUGACUUACCUUCGAUCAAGAAAGUUAGCACCAGAGAGAUGUUAAAGUUGUACUCAGAUGAGCUUGCUGCUGAAAAGGAAAAAGCACUUUUGCAACUGGGGAGUGUAGCUGCUCAAAGAGCAUUGAACCAAAGAUUGAAGUCUGAACGUAAAAAGUCAGCUGCCAAGUUGUUGAAUAUAUUCUGGAACAUUAGUUUGGGAGAUUUGAAAAACCAAAAGAAAACUGAACUAGCCAACAGGUUGUGUAAGGGUGAAACUUUUACAAUCUACUUAAAGAGAAAGGGCAGAGAAGUCGCAACGCCCGAAGGAGAAGGCGACGAAGAAAGCGAAACGUUGAAUAUGUAUGAUAUCAGACGUUCCCUUGCGCACGACGAAGAUGCCUUGAACAUUGAAACACAAAGACGCGAGUUGAUUUCUCAACAACUUUUUUGUAUUCUUGAUGAAAUGCCUUGUACCUAUGAAGUAGAAGGACAAAAGGAGAACAAGCUCAAGGUCACUGUCUCUCCUAGACAAGACGCUGUAAAGCAAUCAAUUUCUCCAUCUUCUGAAGAAUGUACUCUAUCAGCUAAGGAUUUGAAGAAGCAAAGACAAUUGCAAAAACAAAAGGAGAGAGAAGAACUAUUGAAAUUAAAGAAACAAGAAAAGGAGGAUAAUUUGGACUCGUUGUACCUGUUCAAGAUUGAAGAUUAAGAUCCGACUUCCAUAAUAUGACCUAAUGAGCUCUUAUUUAAUUCUUGUAAAUAGCACUAUAUAAUACAUUACGUUGGUUUUCAAA